AUGAAUCACAACUAUCCUACGUUAGAUCUAUCGACAUUACAAGAAUUUCAUCGACAAUACCGUGAACACCAAGCAAAAGUAUCUUACAAUCAAGAAUCGUUCAGUUCCACGCAACCGAAAUCAAAUAUUUCGUCUUACGAUGGCACUGAUGACCGUCAUCAUCGGGAACAAUCUAUGAUUGUGGAAGAAGAAUGUUCAGAUGAGGAUAAUGAUCAUGAAGAUGAUUGCCAUAGUGAAGACAAAACAAUAGUGAAUGAUGAAGAAAAACGAAAAGAAGAAGAAGAAGAAGAAGAAGAAGAAAAAGAAGACCAAAAAUGGAACGAAUUAAUUCAAAAUUAUAGGAACCAUAUUAAACAACUGGAACAAGGGAAGAAAAAAAAGCCUUAA